AUGAAUCAUUAUAUUGAACCAAUUGAAGAUGUGCCAUGUGGAAAUAUUUGUGGUCUUGUUGGUGUUGAUCAAUAUCUAGUUCGAACUGGUACAAUAACAACAUUUGAAAAUGCAUACAAUCAUCGAUGUAUCAUCGAAAAAUCUGGUGAGCAUAUUUUAGCAGGCGCUGAUGAAUUACAUCUUGACGUUUGUUUGAAAAAUCUUGAAGAUGAGUAUGCUUGUAUUUCAAUAAAAGUCUCUGGUCCAAUCAUAUCCUAUCGUGAAAGCGUUUCGAAAGAAUCCGAAAUAAUGAGUCUACCGAAAUCACCGAAUAAACAUAAUCGAAUCUAUUUAAAAGCUCGACCUAUGCCUGAUGGUUUACCAGAAGAUAUUGAUAAAGGUGAAGUAACAUCCAAGCAAGAUAUUCAAGCACGUGCACGUUAUUUAAAUGCAAAAUAUGAUUAUGAUAUAAACGGAGCACGUAAAAUUUGGUGUUUCGAACCUGAACGAACUGGGCCCGAUAUUUUAAUUGAUUCUACUAAAGGUAUACAAUAUUUAAAUGAAAUAAAAGUUUAUUGUGUUAUUGGUUUUCAAUGGACUACAAAGGAGGGUAUACAUGCUGAAGAAAAUGUUCGUGGCGUGCGUUUUGAUAUUCAUGAUGUCGUAUAUUUUGUUGAUGCUAUACAUCGUGGUGGUGGUCAAAUUAUUCCAACAAUCCGCCGUGUACUUUAUGCAUCAAUGCUUACAGCUAGUUCACGACUUUUUGAACCAGUUUAUUUAUAUGAAAUACAGAUAUUGUCGCAAAUUGCUAUUCGUGGUAUUUAUGAUAUAUUAAAUCGUCGUCGUGGUCAUAUUUUUGAAGAAAAUCUAGUCAUUGGAACAUCAAUGUUUAUUGUUAAAGCCUAUAUACCACUCCCCAGCGGCAGGGAUCCGACUGUAAAUCCGUUUCUAGGAAUCCAACGGAAUUUCAUUGGUUUUAUUAACAUUUUAAUGAUACAGGAUAGGAUUCCCUCUGGGAUCUUAUCGGAUCCUACUAUCGGAAUGAUUCUUCUGAGUUUUACUGCUGAUCUUCGUUCAGCUACAUAUGGUCAAGGAUUUUCACAAUUUAUAUUUGACCAUUGGGAAGUUAUAAAUCAAGUUCCAUUUGAUGAUUCAACUAAAGUUCAACAAAUUAUUAAUGCUAUUCGAAAACGUAAAGGAUUAAAAGAAGGCAUUCCCCACCAUUGGAUGAUUAUCUUGACAAGUUGUAAAAGAAAUUAA